CUCUGUCCCACUCAGUACACUUAGUUCCUUCGAGGCAACCACAACCGCACCAUUACAAUGAAGUCGUCCACGCUGCUGCUGCUCGUCUUGGGAUGUGUCCUGCCCGCAGUCGAGAUCGUCGCACUGCACUGUAACCCCUCGGGCAAUGAGAACGUAACCGCCAACGGUAGACCGGCGUACGCUGGCCAGUUUCCACACCAUGCCCUGCUGGUCGUGCGCUUCGGUGAGGACGAAACACGCCACUGCAGCGGUGCACUGGUCGACGAAAAGCACGUGGUAACGGUGGCGCAGUGCGUUGUCGGUAGCAGCUCCGUCGAGGUACAUCUCGGCUCGAACUGUCUGCUUGCGGACGAGUCCGACAAGUUCCGGUAUGUGUUUACCGCCGUCGAGUUUACCGUGCGCGACGGGUACGAUACGGAAACGUUCGUGAACGAUGUGGCCGUGGUGCGAUUUACCGAUGAGGCUGUGCGUCUUCCGCCGUGGGUAAAGCCGGUGCGUUUGCCGGAGGUGGAUGAGGAUCAGUACGUGGGGCAGGAGGUGGUGACGAGCGGGUACGGUUUGAUGGACUACGGUACGGACGGUGCUGCCGAUGGGCUGCAGUACAUGCGAUUGGUUGUGCUGGAGCUGGAGGCUUGCCAGGCGGAGUUUGACUUCGUGAUGCCCGGCACGGGACGGUUCUGUGCGCAGGAGGCGGACCACGAGCGCAACUGUGUGAGUGACGUGGGCAGCCCGCUGGUGCGCAAGGAGGGUCGGCUGCAGGAGUACGUGCUGCUUGGAUUGACCAGCUUCGGGCAGAAGUUUGCGUGCAGCCAGGGUAACCCGGGUGCGCUGCAGGAGAUGCGCGAGCAUGCCACGUGGGUGCGGGAGGUGUUGUCGAUGGAAUAGGCAAAUAAAAUUAAAUUGGCAAAUAUAAAGUUGAAAAAUAAAGCAAUUGCUGGUUCCCCCAUUGCUAAA